CACAAGCCAGCGCCGCGGCCAUUGGCCACUGUUGAGGAGCAUAUUGAUGACGCAACCUAGAAAGAGGAAGUGGCCACUACGGAAGCGUUCUGGGCCAGAAAGACUGCCAGUUUGGAGCUGCUUGCUGUGGGGAGGGAAUGAAUGGGCGCUGGGAACACGCCCGCGAGGUUGGGACGCGCAGGCAGUAGCGAGGUCCUUAGCGUGUGAGUGGCCGGGGUUGGGUCGCUUCCCCGCAGCAUGGAGGACGAUGCACCAGUGAUCUACGGGCUGGAGUUCCAGGCACGUGCUUUAACACCUCAAACUGCAGAAACAGAUGCCAUUCGCUUUUUGGUUGGGACGCAGUCUCUUAAAUAUGAUAAUCAGAUCCACAUCAUAGACUUUGACGAUGAAAAUAACAUGAUAAAUAAAAAAGUCCUCCUCCAUCAAGCGGGUGAAAUCUGGCACAUCAGUGCGAGUCCUGCAGACAGAGGCGUGCUGGCGACCUGCUACAAUAGAACUUCAGACAGCAAAGUCCUGACAUGUGCAGCCGUGUGGAGGAUGCCGAAGGAAUUGGAAUCAGGCAGCCACGAGUCCCCUGACGAUUCAUCCAGCACUGCGCAGACCCUGGAGCUGCUCUGUCACCUUGACAACACAGCCCACGGCAACAUGGCCUGUGUCGUGUGGGAGCCAAUGGGAGAUGGGAAGAGAAUCAUUUCAUUGGCCGAUAACCAUAUCCUGCUGUGGGAUCUACAGGAGAGCUCAAGCCAGGCUGUGCUGGCCAGCUCAGCGUCUCUGGAAGGAAAGGGACAGCUGAGGUUCACCUCAGGGCGGUGGAGCCCUCACCACAACUGCACCCAGGUGGCCACAGCCAGUGACACCACCCUUCGUGGCUGGGACACCCGGAGCAUGAGCCAGAUCUACUGCAUAGAGAAUGCCCACGGCCAGCUGGUGCGGGACCUUGACUUUAAUCCCAAUAAGCAGUACUACUUGGCCAGCUGCGGAGACGACUGUAAGGUGAAGUUCUGGGACACCCGAAAUGUCACCGAGCCCGUGAAGACCCUGGAGGAGCACUCCCACUGGGUGUGGAACGUCCGCUACAAUCACUCUCACGACCAGCUGGUCCUCACUGGCAGCAGCGAUAGCAGAGUCAUGCUCUCCAACAUGGUGUCCAUCUCAUCGGAGCCCUUUGGCCACCUGGUAGAUGACGACGACAUCAGUGACCAGGAGGACCACCGUUCCGAAGAGAAGAGCAAGGAGCCUCUGCAGGACAACGUCAUUGCCACCUACGAGGAGCACGAGGACAGCGUCUACGCCGUGGACUGGUCCUCAGCUGACCCGUGGCUGUUUGCCUCCCUGAGUUAUGACGGGAGGCUGGUUAUCAACAGGGUCCCCAGGGCCCUGAAGUACCACAUCCUGCUCUAACUCGAGGCUGUGGGUUAUCCAGGUUCCACCGCGUGGUUAUCCUCGAGGCUGUGGGUUAUCCAGGUUCCACCGCGUGGUUAUCCUGGUGGCUGUGGGUUAUCCAGGUUCCACCGCGUGGUUAUCCUGGUGGCUGUGGGUUAUCCAGGUUCCACCGCGUGGUUAUCCUCGAGGCUGUGGGUUAUCCAGGUUCCACCGCGUGGUUAUCCUGGUGGCAGUUUCUCACACAGUCGCGGCUCUUCGGAGGUGAUUGGUCUUCCAGGUGACUUCCGCUCUGGGAGAGCUGUGUGGCCUUCCUCCAGCUGCAGCGUUUAUGAAUGGGGUGGACGGGCUGCUGUCCAUGGCACAGACCCUGUCAGUGGAGGCGGAACCCCAUGUUGUUAUGUGAAUAACAUGUUUUCUGUUUCAGGGGUGUUGAGAGUUUCUCUUUUUAAAAAAAGUCUGUCCCUGUCAGAGUAAUUCUUCUUUCUCUUGAGAAUAAAACAUGAACUAAGUCCA